AUGGCUCUAGCAAGCAAUUGGUGGCUUACUCACUAUGACAAAGACGAGUCAACAGGAGAGCAACAGCUUGUACGGUCUUUGGAUCUCCAGGUUUCGUCUCAAAUAAAUGAGCUCGUACAGUGGAUUCGGGAUCAAUUUAAUGAAUGUCUCGAGAAGGCAGAGUUUAUCAAGCUAAGGUUGGAGGAGGCAAAUGCCAGCAUCAACAAGGAGGAAGAGAUAACUGGCGUUUCGAACCUAACUGAGACUGCGACUGCAACUACAGUGAGUAGAGAUGCCAACAGCGAUUCCGUACAUGUUGUUGCAGAGAAGUUGAUUUUUGAUAGAGCUCUUGAAAUAUCGCGGAAUGCCGCAGUCAAUGAGUUGGUGAAAGAAGAUUUGAAGGGAUGUGAACUCGCUUAUAGCACUGCGAUUUGGAUGUUGGAGGCUCUUCUUGAUGAGGAGUCUCCAGAUGUUGAUAAGUUGGAUAAUGAGGAUAGGGCUAUGGUCGAGAAAUUUGUUGUCAGUAUUGGCAACAGGUUGUCCGUUUUGAAAAAGAAGCUUGAAUUGAGUUGA